UGUGUCGGUAGCUAGGGAAACAACAUGGCUGCGGGAUCCAGCCGUGCGGACAGCGAGCUACAGAAAGAGUUAAUUUGUGCCAUCUGCCUUGACUACUUCAACGACCCCGUCAUUCUGAAAUGCGGACACAAUUUCUGCAAGUUCUGCAUCCUGAUGCAUUGGGAGGAGAACGGAGGAGAGGACGUCGGUUAUCAAUGCCCCGAGUGCCGAAUGGUUUGUUGUGGUUCAACGCCAGCUACCGUUCUAUCUUAUCAGCUGUUGGCUAGCUAGACAAUUUUCUUUGUCGUCUUUUGAAUGCUCGAGUUAAUCGUAGCAAGUGUAAUUUACAAAUGCAGUUUCCGUACCUAAUUUAGGCGUUGCCACUGGAAUUGGAAUAACGUUAGAGAUGAGUUAAAACGCUGACAAUGCUGAAAACGCGGAGCCUUUGUGUUGUAAAUUAGCUCGGUAGCUAAACUAGGUAGUGUGGCGUUUAUUCAAGCCAACAUGUAAUCACGGCCGAAUCUCAACAUGCCAUGCAUCUCUGUGAUGAACUAGCUACUGUACUGUCUCCUUUCUCUUGAAAGGAAGAACCGCACACUGCUCUUGUCAGUAUCACAAAGUAUAAACGAAGUUUAUACCGGAAAGAGUAGUGUGCGGGUCUUUAUUUUUGAUCUUUAAGGUAUCGUUUAAUUUUUCCCGCGCACCUACAACGGGCACACUCAGAUGCAGGAGUGCUUUUCCUGUUUUUAGUCUCCCAUGUCAAAAAUGUCUUCGACACUAUGUAUUACCUGUGAUAAGGCGAGGGCUGGGCUAGUCCAUUCAGACGCUAACUACUUUUAGCACCUAUUGAUGAAGGUAUCUUCUUUUAAGAGCCCGAUGUUUGUUCUUAAUGUAAACACGCAUCGAGCCGACCGUGGGCGAAGGUAACCCGGAGGAUACAUUUUUUUCUCCAGAACUAGGGCUGGGCAUGAUAUAGUUUUAAGGUAUACGUGUAUGGAUCCACAUACCUGUAUGGAUUUUUACAAUACCAUCUAUAUAGGUAUUUUGAUAUAACUGCAAAAAUAAAUGAACAGUUCUAUUACAUGUAAUUGGACUACUUCUGUCAGUUUUGUCCUAGGUUGGUUGAGUAUAAAACCAUCAGAAGGGAGAAAACCCAUUUAGAAUGUAUUUGUUGUCAUCCUAGUGCAGCGUUUCCCAAUCUCUGUCCUCGGGACCCAUGCACUACUCAUAAAACAUAUUUAGAACUUUAAUUAUUUUGAAAUGUAAAAUAUAGUCAAAUACCACCAUACCGUCAAAAAUAUUGUUAUAUAUAUAUAUAUAUAUAUAUAUAUAUAUAUAUAUACACAAAAGUAUGUGGACACCCUUCAAAUUAGUGGAUUCCUCUAUUUCAGCCACACCCGUUGCUGACAAGUGUAUAGAAUCGCGCACACAGCCAUGCAAUCUCCAUAAACAAACGUUGGCAGUAGAAUGGCCUUACUGAAGAGCUCAGUGACUUUCAACGUGGCACCGUCAUAGGAUGCCACCUUUCCAACAAGUCAGUUCGGCUAAUUUCUGCCCUGCUAGAGCUGCCCCCGGUCAACUGUAAGUGCUGUUAUUGUGAAGUGGAAACGUUUAGGAGCAACAACAGCUCAGCCGCAAAGUGGUAGGCCAAACAAACUCACAGAACGAGACCGCUGAAGUGCAACACUCAUUACAGAGUUCCAUGCUGCCUCUGGAAGCAACGUCAGCACAAGAACUGUUCGUCGGGAGCUUCAUGAAAUGGGUUUCCAUGGCAGAGCAGCCACACACAAGCCUAUGAUCACCAUGCGCAAUGCCAAGCGUCGGCUGGAGUGGUGUAAAGCUCGCUGCCAUUGGACUCUGGAGCAGUGGAAACGCGCUCUCUGGAGUGAUGAAUCACGCUUCACCAUCUGGCAGUCCGACAGACGUAUCUGGGUUUGGCGGAUGCCAGGAGAACGCUACAUGCCCCAAUGCAUAGUGCCAACUGUAAAGUUUGGUGGAGGAGAAAUAAUGGUCUGGGACUGUUUUUCAUGGUUCGGGCUAGGCCUCUUAGUUCCAGUGAAGGGAAAUCUUAACGUUACAGCAUACAAUUACAUUCUAGACGAUUCUGUGCUUCCAACUUAGUGGAAAAAGUUUUGGGAAGGCCCUUUCCUGUUUCAGCAUGACAAUACCCCCGUGCACAAAGCAAGGUCCAUACAGAAAUGGUUUGUCGAGGUCGGUGUGGAAGAACUUGACUGGCCUGCACAGAGCCCUGACCUCAACCCCACCGAACACCUUUAGGAUGAAUUGGAACGCCGACUCCAUGCCAGGCCUAAUCGCCCAACAUCGGUGCCCGACCUCACUAAUGCUCUUGUGGCUGAAUAGAAGCAAGUCCCCACAGCGAUGUUCCAACAUCUAGUGGAAUGCCUUCCCAGAAGAGUGGAGGCUGUUGUAGCAGAAAAGGGGGACCAACUCUAUUUUAAUGCCCAUGAUUUUGGAAUGAGAUGUUCGGUGUGCAGGUGUCCACAUACCUUUGGUCAUGUAGUGUAUUUUGGUCAUAUCGCCCAGCCCUACCUAUGGUUGUAGCAAGCUAACAGCGUUUGCCUAACUGUCUCAACUAAUUCAGUACCUUUUUUCAUAGUGAUAAUAGAAAAACUAAAAGUUGUGUGUUCUGAACUUUGUCUUUCUCUGUAGAUAUUUAACAAGAUCAGCUUCACCAAGAACUACCUGGUUAAGAACCUUGUUGAUAAGCUGAGUGAUUUGGAGUGUCUGAAUCCCUGCAAGCAGCCGGCUCCAUCCAAACACGUCAAACUGGACGGGAAAUGCGACAGGCAUGGAGAGGAGCUGAAGCUGUACUGCCACUCCGACAGCAAACCCAUCUGUGUGGUGUGUAGGGAGUCCCGGGCACACAGGUAACAAAUGUUCCAGGGUGAAGUUUCCCCUGAUACCUACAGAUCUAGGAUCAGCUUUCCCUACCCUAAAUUCAGAAACCCACAACAAAACAUUUUGUGUAAUUGCGUCAGCUGCUUGAUUUCAGUUCUGAAGGACAUUUUUAUCAUGUGAAGAGACAGCCUUGAAAAUGUUCAUCUUGUCUUUGGUGUCAUAAACAAUCCUUUGUUCCUGCCUGUGCCUGGUAAAGAUAUGAGGGGGGCGGGGGGGUGGGCGUCAUGACCUCCUCCUUAAGAUAGGAGACGGUGCCAGACACAUGCCGUAACCAACCCUAUGAACUAGGCCUAUGUAACGCGUCUGUAAGCAGUAUAUAAGAGAUCUAACGGGACUGCCACGACAGAGGUCCUGACCGACGUUCACUUUGGUGCAUCAAGUUUGUUGGAACCUCUCCAGCUAACUGUUAAUAAACAAUAAUUCAUUUAAGAUUGACUUCGAGAGUCCAGGGUCCUUAAUGUCUUAAAUUCAUUUAUCUGAUUAGUUAGAUUAGAGUUUAGAUUAGAUUAGCCUUAAGUCUUAAAAUGUCUUAAAUUCAGUUUUUUAAAGGUUGGAGGUGACGGAGAUGACUACAGUGUUUCCUGUGUAUUGAGUCGCUGGUUAACUGUUGCCACGCAGCAAAACAAUGGUCACGUCAAAUAAUACUGGAGGCCACUUUCAAGAUGUUGGAGAGCUAUCCAACCACAUGUGCACCUCUGUGUGUGUGUGUGUGUGCACAUCAUGCUUCCUGCAAUGAAAGUAUCUGCCCUGUUCCUGUUUCGCUGCUGGCUCUCACUCCCACUCCUGCCUUUGCACACGGAGUGAAGGGAGAGAUGCGUUCUGAUAAGCGGAAGCAUACUGACAGUUGAGCAACAUUUCUAAAUGUAAUUGCAGGAAAGACACCGUUUUUAAAACAACUACUCUUACUGUUAAAAAAAGAGGAGUCUUAGCUUUAUGUGAGUAUAAUUAAUUAUUUCUCAACUGUCCAAUAUAGAGGAAAUAACACCGCUUGACAGAGUAUGUCAUUGAGAUCAAAAGUCUGCAUGCACACCCAGUGGCCUAGCUCUCCAGGUGAGACAGUUGACCACGUGUUUUUUUAUACAUUAACAGUGCUGUAUAUUUGACUGUAAGGCAUUUCUUCACAGUGGUAUCAUUAUGAUAUUGGUGUCAUUAUUCUGAACACUUAGUUUGUGGUCUAGCUAAUGAGAAGCAGGGCAACCCCAUGUUUCAGCCAUCUAUAGCCUAGCCACUAUGCUACUAUGUCUGUCAGGCUACAGGAGAAUGCUCAUGGCUAAAAUAGCACACCUGCCUCAUAUGAGCCAUGUAGGCUGUAGCCUUUGGUGACAGACAGUCCUAAAAAUACUACUAAUGCCAACAUGGGCGUAUUUCUGGAGAGGGAUAUUAGCAGGUGUGUGGCGGACGCAGACCUCAGAAUUGGUAUUAAAUUGCAUUCCAAGUUGCAGUGCUAGCUGUGCCACUAGAGAUCCUGGUUCGAAUCCAGGCUCUGUCGUAGCCGGCCGCGACCGGGAGACCCAUGGGGCGGCGCACAAUUGGCCCAGUGUCGUCCAGGGUAGGGGAGGGAAUGGCCGGCAGGGAUGUAGCUCAGUUGGUAGAGCAUGGCGUUUGCAACACCAGGGUUGUGGGUUCGAUUCCCACAGGGGCCAGUAUAAAAAAUUAAAAUAAUGUAUGCACUCACUUACUGUAAGAAGCUGUUCAGGGGUUGGUUCCAGACUUGGUGCACUGGGACCACUUGCCGUGCGGCAGCAGAGAGAACAGUCGUAUGGCUUGGGGGGUAGAAGCUGUUGGUAUAUCUCUUGUGUUACUGGGUGAUUCUCAUGAAACCAGUUUUAAGAUGUCUGUUGCACAUUGACUUACAAAACCAUGAUGCAUCUGAAAAAAAUCAACGAUCAUUCUGAGGACUAAGAUGUCUAAGUGUCUUAUUUUAAAUACAUUUGACUGAAUUUUGUAUUUUGAAAAAAUCUAAUUUACACUGAACAAAAAUAUAAAGGGUAACAUGUAAAGUGUUGGUUUCAUGAGCUGAAUAUUUCUUCCCCCCCAGAAAUGUUACGUACACACAAAUACUAUUUAUCUCAAAUUUUGUCCACUUUUGUUUAAAUUUUUUUACAUUUACAUUUUAGUCAUUUAGCAGACGCUCUUAUCCAGAGCGACUUACAGUUAGUGCAUACAUUUAUUUUAUUUUUUUAACCCACAACCCUUGGUGUUGCAAACGCCAUGCUCUACCAACUGAGCUACAUCCCUUGCCGGCCAUUCCCCUACCCUGGACGACGCUGGGCCAAUUGUGCGCCGCCGCCCCCCAUGGGAGUAAACAUCCCUGUUAGUCAGCAUUUCUCCUUUGGCCAAGAUCAUCUAUCCAGCGGACGGGUGUGGCAUAUCAAUAUGCUGAUCGAACAGCAUGGGGGCAGUAAAAGGCCACGCUGAGGGCCUAAUGAAUUCAUUUCAAGUGACUGAUUUCCUUUAUAUGAACUGUAGCUCCAGUAAAAUCUUAGAAGUUGAUGCAUGUCUCAUUAUCGUAACACUUUUUCAAGUUCCUGUAAAAAACUCCCAAUUUUAGUUUUAAACGUUUUAUUUACCCAUAAUGCAUCAUCUAGAGGAGUAGUCCUUAGAUGAGCACAAGUUAAUUUAUUAGCUUAUAUCCCUUCAGAAUGAGGUGCUAAUUCUUCAACACCUGUUUACCCACUGGAUUGAUCAUAUUGAAACGGCUAGAUCUACAUUGAAGAAAGUCUGAUUUAAUUGUAUAAUUUAAUUUGAAAUAUUUUUUUAUUUUCCGUUUUUUUAAAGUCAGGCCUUUUCAUUAGGGGAGCAGUUUUAAAAAUAUUCGAAAUAUUGAUUUGUUUAUUACUUUUUUGGACAUUGAAACUCUUACAGUGUUGGUAAAAUGCAUAAUAUCUGAUCAAACAUUUGUUUCCACACUAUCACUGGUUUGAUCAGAGUUUACCCUCCUAUUAUUUCACCACUAUCACCUGGUUUGCAGUAGAAGUUGACAGUUAGUCACUGAUCUGGGGACACAUUAUCCUACCCUCCCUCAAAAUCUUCUCUUUGCGCAAUAGAGGGUGGAUAUCACCAAACUGACGGUCCCAAGGCAAACCAAGUCCUUAAUAACAUCACCAAACUGACGGUGCCAAGGCAAACCAAGUCCUUAAUAACAUCACCAUGAUCCCUUGUCCUUUCAGACACCAUGAUGUGGCUCCUGUACCAGAGGUCCUCGAGGAUAUGAAGGUGAGGUCAAAGAGUUGAGGCACGAGGACACAUGCUGUUGUUGCUGUAAAAAUAUUUGUUGUUAUGGUUCUUUUUAAAGGAAUAAUCUGCGAUUUGCUACAUCCAGUUUGGGAUAUUUCAAUUAAUUAUAUGAUUCUUGACGAAUAUAACUUCUGAAUGUCUCAUGAGCUUAGUUCGACUGUCGUACCCCAUCAGAACCCCAAAUAGAAGCUUGUUUUACUACAUUGUUUGUAAACAAUGCAGUUGUAUAUAAAACUGUAGAGCCUCAAAACAUGGUUAAAACUAUAAUUUUUGAUAUCAUAGAUGAUCAGUCCUUGAAUCUAUAGCUCUGUCUAUGAAUUUGAGUGGUUACGUUUCUCCAGCCCCGUCCCUCAGGUGUUUACUAAAACAGCGACGGGGUGUCUGCUUUGUUAUUGUUUGAACUGCAGAUUGCCCUUUUUAAGAUUGAUUGAGUGGUUGAACACACUAAAGUGUGUGUGUGUGUUUCUCUCAGAGCGAGCUGCGUCUCAGGCUGGUGGAAUUAACAUGGCAGAAGACUGUGUGUACCAGAGUGAAAGCUAUGGACGAGCAAACCAAGAAUGAAGCCAAGGUACACAGCUGUGCUCUGGAUAUACAUAGAUAUAUUGUUGGAAUGCCAGUGAACUCGUAUAUAUAUAUAUAUAUACACACACACACACACAGUUAAAGUCGGAAGUUUACAUACACUUAGGUUGGAGUCAUUAAAACUCUUUUUCAACCACUCCACAAAUUUCUUGUUAACAAACUAUAGUUUUGGCAAGUCGGUUAGGACAUCUACUUUGUGCAUAACAAGUAAUGUUUCCAACAAUUGUUUACAGACCUAAGACAGGGUAUUUUUACUAGGAUUAAAUGUCAGGAAUUGUGAAAAACUGAGUUUAAAUGUAUUUGGCUAAGGUGUAUGUAAACUUCUGACUUCAACUGUAUGUGUAUAUAUAUAUAUAUAUAUAUACACUGCUCAAAAAAAUUAAGGGAAUUUUAAUUUUAAUUUAUUUCACUUUUAUUUAACCAGGUAAGCCAGUUGAGAACAAGUUCUCAUUUACAACUGCGACCUGGCCAAGAUAAAGCAAAGCAGUGCGAUAAAAACAACAACACAGAGUUACAUAUGGGGUAAAACAAAACAUAAAGUCAAAAAUACAACAGAAAAUAUAUAUACAGUGUGUGCAGAUGUAGCAAGUUAUGGAGGUAAGGCAAUAAAAUAGGCUAUAGUGCAAAAUAAUUACAAUUAGUAUUAACACUGGAAUGAUAGAUGUGCAAGAGAUGAUGUGCAAAUAGAGAUACUGGGGUGCAAAUGAGCAAAAUAAAUAACAAUAUAGGGAUGAGGUAGUUGGGUGGGCUAAUUUCAGAUGGGCUGUGUACAGGUGCAGUGAUCGGUAAGGUGCUCUGACAACUGAUGCUUAAAGUUAGUGAGGGAGAUAAGUGUCUCCAGCUUCAGAGAUUUUUGCAAUUUGUUCCAGUCAUUGGCAGCAGAGAACUGGAAGGAAUGGCGGCCAAAGGAGGUGUUGGCUUUGGGAAUGACCAGAGAGAUAUACCUGCUGGAGCGCAUACUACGGGUGGGUGUUGCUAUGGUGACCAAUGAGCUAAGAUAAGGCGGGGAUUUGCCUAGCAGUGAUUUAUAGAUGGCCUGGAGCCAGUGGGUUUGGCGACGAAUAUGUAGUGAGGACCAGCCAGCAAGAGCGUACAGGUCACAGUGGUGGGUAGUAUAUGGGGCUUUGGAGACAAAACGGAUGGCACUGUGAUAGACUACAUCCAAUUUGCUGAGUAGAGUGUUGGAGGCUAUUUUGUAAAUGACAUCGCCGAAGUCAAGGAUCGGUAGGAUAGUCCGUUUUACGAGGGCAUGUUUGGCAGCAUGAGUGAAGGAGGCUUUGUUGCGAAAUAGGAAACUGAUUCUAGAUUUAACUUUGGAUUGGAGAUUCUUAAUGUGAGUCUGGAAGGAGAGUUUACAGUCUAACCAGACACCUAGGUAUUUGUAGUUGUCCACAUACUCUAGGUCAGACCCGUCGAGAGUAGUGAUUCUAGUCGGGUGGGCGGGUGCCAGCAGCGUUCGAUUGAAGAGCAUGCAUUUAGUUUUACUAGUGUUUAAGAGCAGUUGGAGGCUACUGAAGGAGUGUUGUAUGGCAUUGAAGCUUGUUUGGAGGUUUGUUAACAGUGUCCAAUGAAGGGCCAGAUGUAUACAAAAUAGUGUCGUCUGCGUAGAGGUGGAUCUGAGAGUCACCAGCAGCAAGAGCGACAUCAUUGAUAUACACGGAGAAAAGAGUCGGCUCAAGAAUUGAACCCUGUGGCACCCCCAUAGAGACUGCCAUAGGUCCAGACAACAGGCCCUCCGAUUUGACACAUUGAACUCUAUCUGAGAAGUAGUUGGUGAACCAGGCGAGGCAGUCAUUUGAGAAACCAAGGCUAUUUCGUCUGCCAAUAAGAAUGCGGUGGUUGACAGAGUCGAAAGCCUUGGCCAGGUCGAUGAAGACGGCUGCACAGUACUGUCUAUUAUCGAUUGCGGUUAUAAUAUCGUUUAGGACCUUGAGCGUGGCUGAAGUGCACCCAUGACCAGCUCGGAAACCGGAUUGCAUAGCGGAGAAGGUACGGUGGGAUUCGAAAUGGUCUCGGUGAUCUGUUUGUUAACUUGGCUUUCAAAAACUUUCGAAAGGCAGGGCAGGAUGGAUAUAGGUCUGUAACAGUUUGGAUCUAGAGUGUCACCCCCUUUGAAGAGGGGGAUGACCGCGGCAGCUUUCCAAUCUCUGGGGAUCUCAGACGUUACGAAAGAGAGGUUGAACAGGCUAGUAAUAGGGGUUGCGACAAUUUCGGCGGCUAGUUUUUAGAAAGAAAGGGUCCAGAUUGUCUAGCCCAGAUGAUUUGUAGGGGUCCAGAUUUUGCAGCUCUUUCAGAACAUCAGCUGUCUGGAUUUGUGUGAAGGAGAAGCGGGGGGGGCAUGGGCAAGUUGCAGCGGAGGGUGCAGAGCUGGUGGCCGGGGUAGUGGUAGCCAGAUGGAAAGCAUGGCCAGCCGUAGCAAAAUGCUUGUUGAAAUUCUCGAUUAUUGUAGAUUUAUCGGUGGUGAUAGUGUUUCCUAGCCUCAGUGCAGUGGGCAGCUGGGAGGAAGUGCUCUUAUUCUCCAUGGACUUUACAGUGUCCCAAAACUUUUUGGAGUUAGUGCUACAGGAUGCACAUUUCUGUUUGAAAAAGUUAGCCUUUGCUGGAAUACUUAAACAACACAAUGUAACUCCAAGUCAAUCACACUUCUGUGAAAUCAAACUGUCCACUUAGGAAGCAACACUGAUUGACAAUAAAUGUCACAUGCUGUUGUGCAAAUGGAAUAGACAACAGGUGGAAAUUAUAGGCAAUUAGCAAGACACCCCCAAUAAAGGACUGGUUUUGCAGGUGGUGACCACAGACCACUUCUCAGUUCCUAUGCUUCCUGGCUGAUGUUUUGGUCACUUUUGAAUGCUGGCGGUGCUUUCACUCUAGUGGUAGCAUGAGACGGAGUCUACAACCCACACAAGUGGCUCAGGUAGUGCAGCUCAUCCAGGAUGGCACAUCAAUGCGAGCUGUGGCAAGAAGGUUUGCUGUGUCUGUCAGCGUAGUGUCCAGAGCAUGGAGGCGCUACCAGGAGACAGGCCAGUACAUCAGGAGACGUGGAGGAGGCCGUAGGAGGGCAACAACCCAGCAGCAGGACCGCUACCUCCGCCUUUGUGCAAGGAGGAGCAGGAGGAGCACUGCCAGAGCCCUGCAAAAUGACCUCCAGCAGGCCACAAAUGUGCAUGUGUCUGCUCAAACGGUCAGAAACAGACUCCAUGAGGGUGGUAUGAGGGCCCGACGUCCACAGGUGGGGGUUGUGCUUACAGCCCAACACCGUGCAGGACGUUUGGCAUUUGCCAGAGAACACCACGAUUGGCAAAUUCGCCACUGGUGCCCUGUGCUCUUCACAGAUGAAAGCAGGUUCACACUGAGCACAUGUGACAGACGUGACAGAGUCUGGAGACGCCAUGGAGAAUGUUCUGCUGCCUGCAACAUCCUCCAGCAUGACCGGUUUGGCGGUGGGUCAGUCAUGGUGUGGGGUGGCAUUUCUUUGGGGGGCCGCACUGCCCUCCAUUCGCUCGCCAGAGGUAGCCUGACUGCCAUUAGGUACCGAGAUGAGAUCCUCAGACCCCGUGAGACCAUAUGCUGGUGCGGUUGGCCCUGGGUUCCUCCUAAUGCAAGACAAUGCUAGACCUCAUGUGGCUGGAGUGUGUCAGCAGUUCCUGCAAGAGGAAGGCAUUGAUGCUAUGGACUGGCCCGCCCGUUCCCCUAGCCCUCAAUCCAAUUGAGCACAUCUGGGACAUCAUGUCUCGCUCCAUCCACCAACGCCACGUUGCACCACAGACUGUCCAGGAGUUGGCGGAUGCUUUAGUCCAGGUCUGGGAGGAGAUCCCUCAGGAGACCAUCCGCCACCUCAACAAGAGCAUGCCCAGGCGUUGUAGGGAGGUCAUACAGGCACAUGGAGGCCACACAUACUACUGAGCCUCAUUUUGACUUGUUUUAAGGACAUUACAUCAAAGUUGGAUCAGCCUGUAGUGUGGUGUUCCACUUUAAUUUUGAGGGUGACUCCAAAUCCAGACCUCCAUGGGUUGAUACAUUUGAUUUCCAUUGAUACUUUUUGUGUGAUUUUGUUGUCAGCACAUUCAACUAUGUAAAGAAAAAAGUAUUUAAUAAGAUUAUUUCAUUCAUUCAGAUCUAGGAUGUGUUAUUUUAGUGGUCCCUUUAUUUUUUUGAGCAGUGUAUAUACACACAUACAUACAGUCGUGUUUAUACAGUACAUCCUCCAGUUAUACUGACAGUCAUGUGUUCAUAUAUCCUCCAGUUAUACUGACAGUCAUGUGUUCAUAUAUCCUCCAGUUAUACUGACAGUCAUGUGUUCAUAUAUCCUCCAGUUAUACUGACAGUCAUGUGUUCAUAUAUCCUCCAGUUAUACUGACAGUCAUGUGUUCAUUUAUCCUCCAGUUAGACUGACAGUCAUGUGUUCAUUUAUCCUCCAGUUAGACUGACAGUCAUGUGUUCAUAUAUCCUCCAGUUAUACUGACAGUCAUGUGUUCAUAUAUCCUCCAGUUAGACUGACAGUCAUGUGUUCAUUUAUCCUCCAGUUAGACUGACAGUCAUGUGUUCAUUUAUCCUCCAGUUAUACUGACAGUCAUGUGUUCAUAUAUCCUCCAGUUAGACUGACAGUCAUGUGUUCAUUUAUCCUCCAGUUAUACUGACAGUCAUGUGUUCAUAUAUCCUCCAGUUAGACUGACAGUCAUGUGUUCAUUUAUCCUCCAGUUAUACUGACAGUCGUGUGUUGCAGAUGACCAUUAGGUGAUGCCAGUAUCUUUUUCCCCAUGUUAUCACGUCUUCCAGUUAAAGAAGCUGAAGCUGAAGGAGAAGAUUGAGGAGGAUGUAGGAUCUCUGGUCCAGUUCCUGCUGGAUGAGAAGGACGACUUGCUGGAGGUAAUUUAUAUACAUUUAUAUUAUCUCUCACACUACUAUUAUUAUAAUAAUAACAAUAAUAUGCCAUUUCGCUGUCACCUUUAUCCAGAGGGAGUUAGUCAUGCAUGCGUACUUUUGUUUGUAUGGGUGGCCUCAGCGGGAAUCAAACCAACAAUCCUGGCGUUGCAAACACUGCUUUACCAACCGAGCCACAGAGGACCCUGUUUCAGUAUUACUAGUGUUAGUAUUCAAACAUUUAUUCACAGUAAACUUUUUGCAUGCUGAUGGUUUUGUUAGGUACCGUACAAUAGUGUUCUCAAAUUUCAUCUGCUUUUUUAUUUAAUCAACUAAGAGAUGGCAAACCAUAUCAAAUAGUAUACUCUGUGUAGGCUAAUGGUUAAUUGGUAUACUCUGUGUAGCCUAAUGGUUAAUUGGUAUACUCUGUGUAGGCUAAUGGUUAAUUGGUAUACUCUGUGUAGGCUAAUGGUUAAUUGGUAUACUCUGUGUAGCCUAAUGGUUAAUUGGUAUACUCUGUGUAGGCUAAUGGUUAAUUGGUAUACUCUGUGUAGGCUAAUGGUUAAUUGGUAUACUCUGUGUAGGCUAAUGGUUAAUUGGUAUACUCUGUGUAGGCUAAUGGUUAAUUGGUAUACUCUGUGUAGCCUAAUGGUUAAUUGGUAUACUCUGUGUAGGCUAAUGGUUAAUUGGUAUACUCUGUGUAGGCUAAUGGUUAAUUGGUAUACUCUGUGUAGGCUAAUGGUUAAUUGGUAUACUGAAUACUUUGGUUCACAUUGGGCUAAUUUGCAUAUAGCAGCAGCAAAAUAAUAAUUAGAUUAUUCAGAAAAUUGUCAUGAGAGUUCCAACUAUGUAAUAAUGUUGAAUUGUCCAUCCUUAGGCUCUGGAUGCUGAGGAGGGGGCUGUCUUAGGGGUGAUAGAUGAGAACCUGAGGUGGGUGGAGACUGAGGUGGUAGCUGUGGACAAACACAUGGCCCAGAUACACAACCACAUCAGAGGAAACACCAGCUUCGAGGUUAGUUUGUCACACACACACACACACACACACACACACAGAGAGUUGGAUACACACACACGCACACAGUUAGAUACACAACCACAUCAGAGGAAACACCAGCUUCGAGGUUAGUUUGUCUCACACACACACACACACACACACACAGAGAGAGUUGGAUACACACACACACACAGUUAGAUACACAGGUACUGUGGCAGGCAGGUCCUGCACCAGGGUGUAGUACGCCAAGCACGCCAGUUGGGGGAGCUCCUACGCAACACCAGAGGACUGAUAGCCCCACACACACACACACACACACACACACACACACACACACACACACACACACACACACACACACUCUCUCUCUCACAGUUUCUGUCCUGUCUGAGAUGGUUGAUAGAAAAUGUGCUACAGUGUUUACGGGGUUUUCUGAAGUGUUCAUGUAAAGUUAACCAGGAAAAUGUUUACUGAGAAGGGUUCAUGUAAAGUUAACCAGGAAAAUUUUUACUGAGAAGGGUUCAUGUAAAGUUAACCAGGAAAAGGUUUACUGAGAAGGGUUCAUGUAAAGUUAACCAGGAAAAGGUUUACUGAGAAGGGUUCAUGUAAAGUUAACCAGGAAAAGGUUUACUGAGAAGGGUUCAUGUAAAGUUAACCAGGAAAAAUUUUACUGAGAAGGGUUCAUGUAAAGUUAACCAGGAAAAGGUUUACUGAGAAGGGUUCAUGUAAAGUUAACCAGGAAAAGGUUUACUGAGAAGGGUUCAUGUAAAGUUAACCAGGAAAAGGUUUACUGAGAAGUGUUCAUGUAAAGUUAACCAGGAAAAGUGUUUACUGAGAAGGGUUCAUGUAAAGUUAACCAGGAAAAGGUUUACUGAGAAGGGUUCAUGUAAAGUUAACCAGGAAAAGGUUUACUUAGAAGGGUUCAUGUAAAGUUAACCAGGAAAAGGUUUACUUAGAAGGGUUCAUGUAAACUUAAGCAGGAAAAGGUUUCAUGUUACUGAGGUCUUGAUGAAUGUAGCAUGUCAAGCCUCCCCACUUUUUCUAUGGUCAGACUCAUAGAGUUGGCUAGAAGUCUAAAAACCUGUUUUAGCAUGGGCAGCGCCGUCGAGGGCUUUGACAAUGAGUCAACUGGAUGGGACUUGCUAUUUAGUUAAGAAAAGGUCUCAGAAUUCUCUCCAGGCCUAUUGUCAAAUGACUACACAUGGUGGUUUUAGCUUAGCCCUGUGCAGAAGCUGUGGUAGGCGGCACACAAGACGCGCUUCCCCAUAGCCUACCACAGUCUACCACCGCCGGGAUAUAGGUGCCGGUUUGGAGAAUCCACUCCAUUAUACAGUCCGGAUGGAAGGACAAGGAGUUACGGAUUACAGACAAGCCUUCAGUAACAUAAUUUUCAGAAACGUAUAGGCUGUUUUAUUUUCCUGCCUUCUAGGACAUUCUAUAUAGGGCUUGUUUUCGCUGUGUGAAAGAGUUUGUGUCUUAUCUUCUGUCUGUCUCUCCACAGAGCAUCACUGAGACGUACAAAAAGUAAGUUGUCCGUUUUCUUUUGAUUCAUCGUGUUUUCCCAUGUUCAGCCUGUAGUCUGCGUCUGGGUUUCCCAUGUUCAGCCUGUAAUCUGCGUCUGGUUUUCCCAUGUUCGGCCUGUAAUCUGCGUCUGGUUUUCCCAUGUUCGGCCUGUAAUCUGCGUCUGGUUUUCCCAUGUUCGGCCUGUAAUCUGCGUCUGGUUUUCCCAUGUUCGGCCUGUAAUCUGCGUCUGGUUUUCCCAUGUUCGGCCUGUAAUCUGCGUCUGGUUUUCCCAUGUUCGGCCUGUAAUCUGCGUCUGGUUUUCCCAUGUUCGGCCUGUAAUCUGCGUCUGGUUUUCCCAUGUUCGGCCUCUAAUCUGCGUCUGGUUUUCCCAUGUUCGGCCUGUAAUCUGCGUCUGGUUUUCCCAUGUUCGGCCUGUAAUCUGCGUCUGGUUUUCCCAUGUUCGGCCUGUAAUCUGCGUCUGGUUUUCUCAUGUUCAGCCUGUAGUCUUGAGAAAAGGCCUUUUACUGAACACUCCACUAUAUCCCAUGUUUAAAGGCCUUUUACUGAACACUCCACUAUAUCCCAUGUUUAAAGGCCUUUUACUGAACACUCCACUAUAUCCCAUGUUGUUUUAGUUCCUAUAACGGUUGACGGCAGUCUCCCCUCCUCCCUGUUACAGCCCAGUAAGGUAACAUGGCCAGUAUGACAUCAUAAGACUCCUGAACAGCUAAUCAUGGCUACCCGGACUAUUUGCACCCCCACCCCAUCUUUUUACACUGCUGCUACUCUGUUAAUUAUUUAUGCAUAGUCACUUUAACUCUACCCACAUGUACAUAUUACCUCAACUAGCUAUAUAUGUAGAUGUUUCACCUUUUUAGCUACAUGUAGUUAUAAGGUUCAUUUGGUCGAUUGUAUUGUAGCAGUUGUCAUCAUGACAUUUAAAAUUUAGCUAGUUAGCUCGCUAGCAUUGAGGGGAAACGUUUGCACAGCAUGUAAAAACAAGGAUAUUGGAAAUUAUUACUAAUAAGGUGUCACAUCACAUGUCACAAAGUAAUGCCUGGUUUUACUGUCUAGCUUUUGCUAUCGAAUAAUGAUGCUCGCUAAUGUAAUGUCUAUCUUGUUCAGUUGGCUAGCUAGCUACCGAAAUGUUAGCUAUGUUAGCCAGCUAACGCGUUAGCUAGCUAUUAUUUUCUCAUUCGCUAACUGCAUGCUUAAUUUCCUAUCACUUUUAAGAUAGACAGUUCAGACAAUGUUUCAUAGCUAACGUUAGUGCUAACAAACACAAAUCCAGUUGGAUAUUUUGACCUGUCGUUCAUUUGAAAUGGCAUGAAAGGUUUGUUUUGUAGCCUCCUGUAGCUCAGUUGGUAGAGCAUGGCGCUUGCAGUGCCAGGGUUGUGGGUUCGAUUCCCACGGGGGGCCAGUAUGAAAAAUGUAUGUACUCACUAACUGUAAGUCGCUCUGGAUAAGAGCGUCUGCUAAGUGACUAAAAUGUAAUUAGCCGGUGCCCCUGCACAUUGACUCUGCACCGGUAGCCCCCAGUAUAUAGCCUCCCUACUUUUAUUUUAUUUUACUUCUGCUCUUUUUUUUCUCAACACUUUUUUGUUGUUUUAUUUUACUUUUUUAUUAAGAAAUAAAUGCAUUGUUGGUUAAGGGCUGUAAGUAAGCAUUUCACGGUAUUGUCUACACCUGUUGUAUUCGGCGCAUGUGGUUUGAUUUGAUCAUAUAUAACAUGUGUGAUACAUAUAAUGUUAAGCUACAGUGAGGGAAAAAAGUAUUUGAUCCCCUGCUGAUUUUGUACGUUUGCCCACUGACAAAGACAUGAUCAGUCUAUAAUUUUAAUGGUAGGUUUAUUUGAACAGUGAAAGACAGAAUAACAACAAAACAAUCCAGAAAAACGCAUGUCAAAAUGUUAUGAAUUGAUUUGCAUUUUAAUGAGCAAAAUAAGUAUUUGACCCCUCUGCAAAACAUGACUUAGUACUUGGUGGCAAAACCCUUGUUGGCAAUCACAGAGGUCAGACGUUUCUUGUAGUUGGCCACCAGGUUUGCACACAUCUCAGGAUGGAUUUUGUCCCACUCCUCUUUGCAGAUCUUCUCCAAGUCAUUAAGGUUUCGAGGCUGACGUUUGGCAACUCGAACCUUCAGCUCGCUCCACAGAUUUUCUAUGGUAUUAAAGGUCUGGAGACUGGCUAGGCCACUCCAGGACCUUAAUGUGCUUCUUCUUGAGCCACUCCUUUGUUGCCUUGGCCGUGUGUUUUGGGUCAUUGUCAUGCUGGAAUACCCAUCCACGACCCAUUUUCAAUGCCCUGGCUGAGGGAAGGAGCUUCUCACCCAAGAUUUGACGGUACAUGGCCACGUCCAUUGUCCCUUUGAUACGGUGAAGUUGUCCUGUCCCCUUAUCAGAAAAACACCCCCAAAGCAUAAUGUUUCCACCUCCAUGUUUGACGGUGGGGAUGGUGUUCUUGGGGUCAUAGGCAGCAUUCCUCCUCUUCCAAACACGGCGAGUUGAGUUGAUGCCAAAGAGCUCCAUUUUGGUCUCAUCUGACCACAACACUUUCACCCAGUUCUCCUCUGAAUCAUUCAGAUGUUCAUUGGCAAACUUCAGACGGGCAUGUAUAUGUGCUUUCUUAAGCAGGGGGACCUUGCGGGCGCUGCAGGAUUUCAGUCCUUCACGGCGUAGUGUGUUACCAAUUGUUUUCUUGGUGACUGUGGUCCCAGCUGCCUUGAGAUCAUUGACAAGAUCCUCCCGUGUAGUUCUGGGAUGAUUCCUCACUGUUCUCAUGAUCAUUGCAACUCCACGAGGUGAGAUCUUGCAUGGAGCCCCAGGCCGAGGGAGAUUGACAGUUCUUUUGUGUUUCUUCCAUUUGCGAAUAAUCGCACCAACUGUUGUCACCUUCUCACCAAGCUGCUUGGCGAUGGUCUUGUAGCCUAUUCCAGCCUUGUGUAGGUCUACAGUCUUGUCCCUGACAUCCUUGGAGAGCUCUUUGGUCUUGUGCAUGGUGGAGAGUUUGGAAUCUGAUUGAUUGCUUCUGUGGACAGGUGUCUUUUAUACAGGUAACAAGCUGAGAUUAGGAGCACUCCAUUUAAGAGUGUGCUCCUAAUCUCAGCUCGUUACCUGUAUAAAAGACACCUGGGAGCCAGAAAUCUUUCUGAUUGAGAGGGGGUCAAAUACUUAUUUCCCUCAUUAAAAUGCAAAUCAAUUUAUAACAUUUUUGACAUGGGUUUUUCUAGAUUUGUUUGUUGUUAUUCUGUCUCUCACUGUUCAAAUAAACCUACCAUUAAAAUUAUAGACUGAUCAUUUAUUUGUCAGUGGGCAAACGUACAAAAUCAGCAGGGGAUCAAAUACUUUUUUCCCUCACUGUAUAUCUCUCCUCCUCCCUGUUACAGCCCAGUGAGGUAACAUGGCCAGUAUGACACAUAUAUAUAUAAUCCAACACUCUCCUCUCCCCGUCCUCAUCGGCUCGCCGCGGCCGGCCGCGGCGCGGCGCGCGGCCCGCUCUCCGCUUCGGCCCCCCGCCGCGGCGCGCCCCGCACGCCGCGGCGCGCCCAACAGGAGAGCAGUCUACCUCCUAGUUCGUCUUCGAUACUAUCUCAUUACCUCUCCCCUCUCUCUCCCUCUCAAAGUCUGCAACUUCAACUCAUCAGCAUCUGGUCCCGAGGCGAUCGGACCCGUAUCUUUAUAGUGAUAAUAUUUAUCUCAUAUUCUCUCCUACACUCCUAAUCUCAUCUCUCUCUUUCUCUACCUCCCUCGUCUCCUUCCUCCUCUCCUCCUUCUCUCCCUUCCUCUUCUCUCCCCUCCUCUCUCUCUCUCUCCCCUCUUCUCCCUCUCUCCAGUCCUCUAAAGGUGAGCCCUCUCAUAUCAUCUGUUAACUGUCCGGGUGACUGGAUGAAUGAGUUCUCUGGACCCCAUCAGCUGAUCUUGUGGAAAAGGAUGAUGCAUGUGCUGCACACCAGUGAGUUGACCUGGACACACACAGACACAGACCCUCUCUUGACUGUUCUAUUAACACGUCUACGUGCUGCACAGAUGAGCUUCCCAUCUAAUUUACCUCUCCUUGUUCCCCCCCCUCUCUCUCCCCCCUCUCUCUGACUUUGUCUCUCGCUCUCCCCCUCUGUCUCUGUCUCCCUCUUUCUCUCUCUCCUUUCUCUUUCUCUCUCUCCUUUCUCUCUCUGGCCACCCCUCUCUCCCACACCCCCUCUACCUUUCUCUCUCUCCCCCCCUCUCUCUGUCUCUGUCUCCCUCUUCUCUCUCUCCUUUCUCUUUCUCUCUCUCCUUUUUCUCUCUCUGGCCACCCCUCUCUCCCACACCCCCUCUACCUUUUCUCUCUCUCUCUCCUCCCCACUCUCUCUGUCUCGGUUCUCCCUCUUCCACCUCCUCCUCUCGUUCCCUCCAUCUCUCUCUCCCGCUCUCUCUCUCUCUCCCCUCCUGCCCCCAGUGCCCCAGAACCUGACCCUGGACCCAGACACGGCCCACCCUAACCUGGCCAUCACAGACUUCGACACCAAGGUAGAGGAGGUGCGUACCCGUAGCCAGGAACCAGACCUGCCUCAGCGCUUCACCCGCUUCUGUGGCAUCCUGGCCACCGCACAAUACUCCAGCGGGCAACACUACUGGGAGGUACAUAUCUUUACAUGUACUGUAUAUUACAUGUUAUGAUGUCUGAUGACACUGUGUGUACAAGACACGUGUAGUAUGUCAUAUUUUAGCAGACACUCUUAUCCAGAGCUACUUAUAGUCAGUGCAUUCAACUUAAGCUAGCUAAGUCUUUUUUAAUUUGGCGCUUUACUGCAGCAUUUUGGAUUUUGAGAUCAAAUGUUUCAUAUGAGACGACAGUACAGAAUGUCACCUUUUUUUUAUUUGAGGUUAUUUUAAUACUUACCCUCCGAUAACAAAGUUACAGAGGCAUAAAUGUCAUGCUAAAUUCCCCUGUUAUUGGUAAUGGUGAGAGAUUAGCAUGUUUUGGGGAUAUGAUCUGUUCCUCUACCUUUCUCACUCAUAAUCUUUCACUAUUCAUUCAUGACUAUCUGUAAUCAUUAGGCUUGGGUGGUAUCCAGAUUUUCAUACCGUCAUAGUGUUCUUCUGCCGUCCCAGGAUUUACGGUAUUACCGGUACAGCACACAAGGGGGCGCAAUUGUUAAAAAAGCCAAUGAAUGAUUACCAGAAUGCUAACACAAUUAGCACAAGUAAUAGUGAAAUCACAUAGACGCUGUUAGCUAAAUGCUAACGAGUGAAAACGAACAAACUAAUUGCAAAGCCAGGCAAAUCCAGCUCAUAAAGUUAUACAAGCAUAGCUAGUAGCUACCGUAUGUCAUGUUCGGUGAGUGUGGACAUUUACAGGCGAAAGUGAACGAGAGAAAUUGUGCAAAUGAACAAAUCUGUGAUGCAUGCUUUUCUGAAGGAAGAGCACCAUGUGUACAGGAAGCAGAGGGGAGAAGAACAGAGGAGGGAAAACAACGCUCGUAGGAAGCACAGGGACAAAAUGGCCGCUGUACUAUCUCAUCCAGACCUCUGACUUCUGGCAGAAAGCCAUUAUAAGGAGAUAAUAAUAAUAAUAAUAAUAAUAUGCCAUUUAGCAGACGCUUUUAUCCAAAGCCACUUUCAGUCAUACGUGCAUACAUUUAACGUAUGGUUAGUCCAGGGAAUCAAACCCACUAUCCUGGCGUUGCAAGCACCAUGCUCUACCAACCGAGCUACAGAGGACCACCAGAUAUCUGAUGGCAAACAUUUUUAGUAAUGAAUUGUAUACAAGUGUAACUUCAUCACCUCAUGUGCGCUGCGCAACAGAGACUCGCCGAUAGAUCUAGAACGCUGCGGACUCACCAGCUCCCGCCGUCUCACGGUGUGCUAUUUACAAACAAACACGUGACUGGCUCAACUGUUCUGGGGAACUACGGUAAGCUGCAUAAUGUAAAAUAAUGUGACGGGUGAAAUGAAGAACGCGAUCUGCUUUACCUCCUAACGUAUUGCACGAGUUGACUAGAGGUAUUAUCUUUAAAAGUAUCUACAAAAAUUCAAAUUUAUUUGAGAAACAUCAAAUAAUUAGCAUUGACGGUAUUGAAAAACCGUCCCGUGGCUUUUUCCAAAUACCCCGGUAUACAUUUAAUGUAGAAGUGUUCAGAAACGUAUUAUAUUCUUAUUUACAAUAAAAGUGACACAAUACAUUAUUUACCAAUCAUUUCUAUUGGGCACAGAAUCAUCUGAAACGCAACCAAAACAAACUGCAAAUGCAUCCCAAAAUGUUUGUAGAGUCAUUGUAUGCUAGGAAUAUGGAACCACAUACUAAACUUGAGUUCUUUAAUACACUAGAAGAGAAUUUGUCCAUAUACUUAUGACACCUUGAAAUGGGGGGGGGACUUGAUACAUAAAGUCACUUUCAUUUCUGAAUGGUAAAACAUAUGUAUGAAAAUAGCUUCAAAUAAAACCUUGACAUUCUGUACUGUAGCCUCGUAUGAAACAUUUGAUCUCCAAUCCAAAAUGGAGCCUAAUUUAAAAGAUCUGUCUUCACUAACCAUGUUUCCAUCCACAGUUUCUAUCACGACGGCUGUGAUGGAAACCGGGAAGUUUCGCUGCAUGCUUAUAAAUGCCUACAGAUAAUUUGUUUGUUUGACAUGGUGGGAUCUUUUUGUGUCUGUAAAAUUAAUGAUGUGAAAAAUGGCGGCGGGAUCAACUUUAUGCGCACGUGCCAAGACCAGUGUAGGCACAUUUGCUAUUUAAACGCAGAGUGGAAAAUGCAAUGGAAACGCGUUGAACUUUAAAAAAAAAAAAUUUCGGUACAUGAAAUCUUAAGGUAAAAAGUCACUUUUGUGUCGUCACGCACCUGAUUUUUUUUUUUUUUUUUUUUUUAUCUGCAACAAGUCUGUUUGGUGGAAACACCACUGGUGGCACAUAUUUUCUUCAUGCGGAUUUUAGAAUAUUCGCAUGAAAAUCUGUCGCCAAUUCGAUGGAAACCUAGCUAGUUUCCAAAUGCAUAUGGCAGGUAGUGUACAUCCUGAUUUGGAAAAAAUGACGAUAUUUGAUCAGUUUCUAGACUGAAAGUUUUCCUGAUCAAGAUGAUUGAUUUUUAUUUUUAUUUAUAAUUUUUUUAUUUUUAGGCAUGUUGCUAGCAUCCUAGUGUAAAUUCUAAGGGGUUGGGAUAAAGCAGAAGCCACAUUUUUAUAUCAUUGGGCCUCGUGUACAUGUGGAGAAUUUAAAGGAAUCUUAAUGAAGAAAGGCAACAACAGUAAUGUUUUUGGUGGUGGUUUCUUAUUUCAGGUGGAUGUGAAGGACAAGGGUGUGUGGUACCUGGGGGUGACGGGGGAGUACAGUCCCAGGAAGGGUUUCGUAAACCUGUGCCCGUCGUCCGGUUACUGGAGCCUGAGUCUGCAGGACAGGCUGUACGCUAACGAGGAGGACGCCAAGAUACCUCUGGCCGAUUACUGGAACUCUCCGCGGGUGGGCGUGUACCUGGACUACGACGCAGGCCGCGUGUCCUUCUACGACGCAGUCACCAUGAAGAAGUUGUACAUGUUCGACGCGUACUUCGAAGAGCCGGUGUCUCCGUUCUUCAGCCCGGGGAAGAACGAUCCUGGGAGCAGACUGCAGAUCUGUCAUUACUACUGAGACGGUGGGUGGGUGUGUGUGCCUGGGUAGACGAUUAGGUCUACAGCAAACUCUCAGAGAGCGAGUGUGUGUGUGUUAGGCUACUCAUUCCAGAGUCACUGUUGAUGAUGUAUGAUCAACCAUUCCAGCUGUGGGCUUUAUGCCAGAACCCCUGGAGUGUUCUAGAA